GACUACUUACACCUGCAAUGCAGCCAAUUCUAAUUGCAACUUGCAACGUAAUUCGGUAUUUCCCACAGAAUGCUAAGACGCGAGAAAUGGCUCUGUGUUUGGUGAUUCAUUCUGAAUAGGCAUUUUAGGGCUUUUAAAUUUCAUCCUUCUCGCAGUUCUAAGGUUUUUUGAUGAGUCGUACGUACGAAAGGCUAAACGCCCCUAGCGAAAAUGAAGACGAUGUAUAUCUGGAGAACGAUGUCAGCAACAUUGGAAGAAAACGAUAUAAAACAAAAGAAGAAGGAUACUAUGAUUCGGACUCAGAAGAAGAGGUAGCGAUGAAGAAGACAAAAAACGAUGAUGAUGCCUCUGACAUGUUCUCAGAGUCAUCUGGUGAUGAAGAAAAGGGAAAUGCUGGUAAAAGAACUGAGGAGGAGGACCCUUCGGAACGACUUGCUCAAAAGGGUUUGUCUUCUCGCAAUGAACUAGACGACGAGUUUGAAGAGGACGACGCAGAAGCCGAAGAGAAGUUAAGUUAUGAGGAUAUCGAAGGUCAGGAAGAAGCGCCAGAUGCACAAGAUUCUGGCUCUUCAGAAGAAGAAAUGACUUCGGGCAACCCAAAGGUCAUACCGUUUAAUUUAAAAGAGGAUAUGGAAGAAGGUGAUUUUGAUGAAAAUGGGAAUUUUGUACGGAAAUCAAAUGACCCUAGCGAUCAGUAUGAUGCUUGGCUAAACGGCGAUGUGUGUUCCAAAAGAAGCAUUGCCGCUGCAAAGAGAGCGGAACUUACACGAAAACAACAAGCUCAUCAAAAGAUGCUUUCUGACAUAGAGGAAUCGAAACGGCUUCCUUUUCAAACUGUUCCAGAGGCGCUAUCAUUUCUUAUUAUACGAAUGGAACCAGACGAAAAUGUCUUGAGUUUUCUACAGAGACAAAGCGUAAGUAAUUCUGCAGCAUCUCGUUCAAAAAAACAUAAAAAACCUUCGGAACAUUUUUCACCAGAACGUCGGUCUGCCGAUGAAUAUCGCAAAAGACUGAUUGAAAUAAUAACGGGUUGUAUCACGUUCCUAGAAGAUAGAACAAAAUUUGAAAGCUUGUAUUCAGAAACAAAAGAGGCCUUGCAAAGGCUUUUUCAGCGAAUCACCCAUGAAGCUUGGAGGCCACCGGCUGUUGAUAUGGAAAAACCUUUGUUUUACUUUAAGUGGGAAGGCGAUGAAAAGGUAUAUGGACCUUAUUCUGGCUCUCAAAUGCAGGCUUGGGAUCAUCUAGGAUACUUCACAAAUGCUAAACAAGCAGCUUUCGUUUCCACGUCCGCAGACGGCAACUGGAUGUUUCCGCAAAACGUUUCCUACUUGAGUGAAAACUCAACCUGAAAUUUUUAUUUUUAUUUUUGUUUCAUGACUAGUCUUCUAUAACACUUCAGCUAUGUCCCUACAAAACGCAUUUUGUUUUCAUGAAUUCAUUUUGCAACAAUGAGUUGAUACAGAUUCCCUAUUCUAUUAAAUACAUUUUUCAUCAUUCUCCAAUCUUCUAAGUAUAAAGUAUAUGAAAGAAAAUUCAAAAAAAAAGAAACAUUAACGGAUUUAGUCUUCUUGCAUGGCCGCGACAUCUUCAGAAGCAGGGGCAGGCCAUUCAUUUUCAGCAACAUAAUUUUUUUCAUACUCUUCCAAAUACUUAACGCUUCGUUUUUGAUCUAAGAAAAGUUCGUAAACACGCUUAAUAUCUAACUCCUCGAUGGUAGCACUUUUGCGCUUGAGAGCAACUUGAUUAGAUGAGGAGAUGAGAAGUAAUGCAUAUCGUAGACUAGCUUCACGUCCAAUAGAUGCUAAAUAAUCCAAAGCUUCAGGUGCCAUGUCAACGUCUUCCUCUUGGCAACGAAUCCGCAAAAUUUCCUUUACUUCCUCAUGAGAGUAAGGUUGGGUCGAAAUAAUUAGCAUUCUGUCUAGGUAAUCGACAGGAAUACCAUGAGGAGAACGGUAGUUAGUGCCACGGAUCCGGGUAAUUCCUCGAUUUGAGGCCAUGAUAACAAUAGGAGCAAGUUCAUCUUCCAAAGCACGGUUAAAAAAUGAGAAGCAUUCAAUAUCAAGCAUAUGAACUUCAUCUACAAACAAAACGCCAGGAGAAAUUUCGGCUUUUCCUUCUUCUCUCCAUUCGCUAACUUUGGUGUUAAUUUGUUCACGGACCUCUGGUUUAAUCUCACCGGUAUCACCAGCGAACAAAGCCAAAAAUCCUUGAGUUCGAGAGUUAAUGACAUCAAUAUCAUGCAGGGAAACAGUAUGAACUAUUUCCUUUCUCUUUUGGAUUUCGCCUUGAGGGCAUUGAACAAAACGAGUGUCCGCUCCCAUAGCGUCGUAGUCGCGAGCCCUUGUGAAUGAACGACCUAAUUUAGUGACUUUACCCAUAGACUUGUCAAUCGUUACAACAUCACCAGCCAAAACCUUGUCUUUUGUCAAAGCAUCAAUCAUUUUUGUACCCAAAUCAUA